GGUGGGCGUCACCGCUCCCUGGGAACCCUCCUCACUUCAGAAGGGAGGCACUCGCAGGUGCACAGGGGAGGAGAAGCCCACAGCAUGGGUUUUCAGCUGCGUGUGCCUUUCAGGCCCUGGAAUUGGUUGCUCUUGCUGGUGGCCCUUAAGUGUUCCAGAGCAUCCUCUGAUUUGAACGAAUCCACAAAUUCCUCUGCCCAGCAUGACCUGAAUGUGCGGUUUGCUGCUGCCAGCUUUGAGCCAGCUGAGACGAUCUCUGUUUUCUCUCUGGAUUAUGACUACGUGCAAAUUCCUUAUGAGGUCACCCUCUGGAUACUUCUAGCAUCCCUUGCAAAAAUAGGCUUCCACCUGCACCCCAGGCUGCCCGGCCUCGUGCCCGAGAGCUGCCUGCUCAUCGCGGUGGGGGCGCUGGUGGGCGCCAUCAUCUUCGGCACCGACCACAAGUCGCCGCCAGUCAUGGACUCGAGCAUCUACUUCCUGUACCUGCUGCCGCCCAUCGUCCUGGAGGGCGGCUACUUCAUGCCCACGCGGCCCUUCUUCGAGAACGUCGGCUCCAUCCUGUGGUGGUCGGGGCUGGGGGCCCUGAUCAGCGCCUUCGGCGUCGGCCUGUCGCUGCACCUGGUCUGCCGGGUGCCGGCCUUCGGCCUGGGCGACGUCACUUUGCUGCAGAGCCUGCUGUUCGGGAGCCUGGUCUCGGCCGUGGACCCGGUGGCCGUGCUGGCCGUGCUGGAGGAGGCGCGCGUGAACGAGCCGCUGUACAUGAUGAUCUUCGGGGAGGCCCUGCUCAACGACGGCAUCAGUGUGGUCUUAUAUAAUAUAUUAAUCGCCUUCACAAAGAUGCACAAAUUUGAAGACAUAGAGCCUGUGGACAUUCUGGCCGGAUGCGCCCGGUUCGUUGUUGUGGGGGUGGGGGGGGUCUUCUUCGGUGUCGUCUUUGGAUUCAUUUCUGCGUUCAUCACGCGUUUCACUGAGAACAUCUCGGCGAUUGAACCCCUCAUCGUCUUCAUGUUCAGCUACUUGUCCUACUUGGUUGCUGAGACCCUGUAUCUCUCUGGCAUCCUGGCAAUCACAGCCUGUGCGGUGACGAUGAAAAAGUAUGUGGAAGAGAACGUGUCCCAGAAAUCCUACACGACCAUCAAGUACUUCAUGAAGAUGCUCAGCAGCGUGAGCGAGACGCUCAUCUUCAUCUUCAUGGGCGUGUCCACCGUCGGCAAGAACCACGAGUGGAACUGGGCGUUCGUCUGCUUCACCCUGGCCUUCUGCCAGAUCUGGAGGGCCAUCAGCGUGUUUGCUCUCUUCUAUGUCAGUAACCAGUUUCGGACUUUCCCCUUCUCCAUCAAGGACCAGUGCAUCAUUUUCUACAGUGGUGUCCGAGGAGCUGGAAGUUUUUCACUUGCGUUUUUGCUUCCUCUGUCUCUUUUUCCUAGGAAGAAAAUGUUCGUCACUGCUACUCUAGUAGUUAUAUAUUUUACUGUGUUUAUUCAGGGAAUCACAAUUGGGCCUCUGGUCAGGUACCUGGAUGUUAGAAAGACCAAUAAAAAAGAAUCCAUCAAUGAAGAACUUCAUACCCGUUUGAUGGAUCACCUGAAGGCUGGGAUUGAAGAUGUGUGUGGACAAUGGAGCCACUACCAAGUGAGAGACAAGUUUAAGAAGUUCGAUCAUAAGUAUUUGCGGAAAAUCCUAAUCCGAAAGAACCUGCCCAAAUCGAGCAUUGUUUCCUUGUACAAGAAGCUGGAAGUGAAACAAGCCAUCGAGAUGGCCGAGACUGGGGUUCUGAGUUCUGCAGGCUUUUCCGUCCCCCGUCCGGCCCAGAGGAUACAGGAAACCAAAAGACUCUCCCCUGAAGAUGUGAAGUCCAUGAGAGACAUUCUGACACACAACAUGUACCAAGUCCGACAGAGGACCUUGUCCUACAACAAAUACAACCUCAAGCCCCAAACAAGCGAGAAGCAGGCUAAAGAGAUUCUGAUCCGCCGUCAGAACACCCUGAGGGCGAGCGUGAGGAAGGGCCACAGCCUGCCCUGGGGGAAGCCGGCUGGGACCAAAAACAUCCGCUACCUCUCCUUCCCCUACAGCGAUCCUCAGCCGGCAGGACGAGACGCCAGGGUUGCUGACUGCACAGGUAACAGUGACAGUGACUCAGAAUUCCCAUCCAGCCCGUUCUACACACCCCCUCGAACAGGGUGGCUUCAGGAAAGACGAGGGACCCAAGAAAUAAUCCCGAUGAAGAGCUUGCCCAGAGGAGGGAAGCCGCCCAGCUUUGGUUCUCAAAGAAAGACGAGCAGAGACGAGCACGUGGGCGGGGGCGGGAGGGCGGCUUUAAGGCCCAAGCCGCUGUGUCACAUGGUGCAUGAGGAGCGUGACUCUGGGGAGGACAGUGAGGAGGGGGCCUCAGCAGGCGGGUCCCGAUGGUCAGCUGAGCACCGACCCAGCCGGGGACACCACAGGUCCCACAGCCCUUUGCUCCGAAGAAAGUAGCGUCGUGGUCCCCGGGGAUUUUUCUGAGCACUGGGAGCAAACGGGCAGGCGCCGCCAGGUCCUAGCGGGCACACUUCGUAGAUGAA